GCCCGCGAUGGCACGUGCGCGGGGCUGGCCUGGGAGCUUGGUGGACCAAGGCUGGUGGUGCAAGAAUUCUGGAGGAACAGCGGCCCGGAGCUGCAAAACUCAGCUGCAGGGCCGCUCUCUCUCUUUCUCUCUCUCUCUUUCUCUUGGGUGCUUGCUAUCGCCAUGUGGGGCGCGCUGAGGUCAGUUCUGCGGCCCUGCAGUCGGGCCUCCGUACCCCGGCAGCGCGCCUAUCACGGGGACGCGGUGGCCCGACUGGGCACCCAGCCUGACUCGGGCUCCUCCACCUACCAGGAGAACUAUGAGCAGAUGAAAGCUUUAGUGAAUCAACUUCAUGAACGAGCCCAGUAUGUAAGACUGGGAGGGAGUGAGAAAGCCCGGGCGCGACACACAUCAAGAGGAAAACUGUUACCCAGAGACCGAAUCGACAACCUCAUAGACCCAGGGUCUCCCUUUCUGGAAUUCUCCCAGUUCGCAGGUUACAAGUUAUAUGGCGAGGAGGAAGUCCCUGCAGGUGGCAUCAUCACAGGCAUUGGGCGAGUGUCUGGAGUAGAAUGCAUGAUUGUGGCUAACGAUGCCACCGUCAAAGGAGGCACCUACUACCCAGUGACGGUGAAAAAGCACGUUCGGGCACAAGAGAUCGCACUGCAGAACAGGCUCCCAUGCAUCUAUCUGGUUGACUCAGGAGGGGCCAACUUACCUCGGCAAGCAGACACCUUUCCAGACCGGGACCACUUUGGCCGCAUAUUCUAUAAUCAAGCUAUUAUGUCUUCUAAAAAUAUCACACAGAUAGCUGUGGUCAUGGGCUCCUGUACGGCAGGAGGUGCAUAUGUGCCGGCCAUGGCUGAUGAAAACAUCAUUGUACAAAGACAGGGUACUAUCUUCUUGGCUGGACCACCCUUGGUGAAGGCAGCUACCGGCGAAGAGGUGUCCGCUGAGGAUCUCGGAGGUGCUGACUUGCACUGCAGAAGGUCUGGGGUCACUGACCACUAUGCUUUGGAUGACCACCACGCCCUUCACUUGACAAGGAAGGUUGUGAGGAGUCUCAAUUAUCAGAAGAAACUGGAUGUUACCGUUGAACCUUCUGAAGAGCCCUUGUUCCCCGCAGAUGAAUUGUAUGGGAUAGUCGGUGCGAACCUUAAGAGGAGCUUUGAUGUCCGAGAGGUCAUUGCUAGAAUCGUCGAUGGAAGCAGAUUCAAUGAGUUCAAGGCCUUGUAUGGAGACACGCUCGUCACAGGAUUCGCUCGAAUAUUUGGGUACCCAGUAGGCAUCAUUGGAAACAAUGGAGUUUUGUUUUCUGAAUCUGCCAAAAAGGGCGCUCACUUCGUCCAGCUGUGCUGCCAAAGAAAUAUCCCCCUGCUGUUUCUCCAGAACAUCACUGGAUUCAUGGUUGGUAAAGACUAUGAAGCCGAAGGGAUUGCCAAGGAUGGCGCCAAGAUGGUAGCCGCAGUAUCCUGUGCCAAAGUGCCUAAGAUAACUGUCAUAAUCGGGGGAUCAUAUGGGGCUGGAAACUACGGAAUGUGUGGCAGAGCAUAUAGUCCAAGAUUUCUCUACAUGUGGCCAAAUGCUCGCAUCUCAGUGAUGGGAGGAGAGCAGGCAGCCACCGUGUUAGCCACGGUGGCGAGAGACCAGAGAGCCCGUGAGGGGAAGCAGGAAUGACUGUGGAUACCUCCUUGGUGUGACAUUGCUUUGCCCUGCCAGCAGGGAUCAAGUGGUCAACCACAGGGUCUGCAGAGCUGGGAUGAUACAAAGUCACUUGUGUCUCUGGCCUCCUUCUGUCUGUGUGUACAUUUGUGUGAGAAUGAUACUGCAUGGUGCUGUGUGGAGGUCAGAGGACAACCUCUGGUAUUGGGCCUCACCUUCCACCUGAUCCGAGUAAGGUCUCUUUGUUGUUUGUCUGGUGUGUACACUAGGCUAGCUCUCUUGUGUGCUUCUAGGGAUUCUCCUGUCUCCCACAUCCCCAUGCCGGUGCUGGAUUGCAGCUUGUGCUAGGAAUCUGAACUCAGGUCCCCGUGAUUUCAAUGCAAGAGCUCGACCCACUGACUAUUUCCCCAGCCUGCCUCUUUGUCUCUACCUGGCAGCAGGCACUCCGUACAGUUAGGUUGGUGUAUUAGAUAAACUUUAGUGCCAGCCAGUAUUGAAGCAAAACAGUAGCUUUGCUCUGUGUGUGUGUCUAGGGGAGGAGGGCGGAAGGGGAUGCUGUCUGCAGUGUAGGUGAUAGAGUGAGUCUACCUGAUGUUUCGAAAGCGUGUUUGAACUUUAUCAAACAAAAGUAAUCCCUUGAUAAAUAACCAUCCUUUGGUUCAUUUGAUACAUAGAUAUUUAAAUCAUUCCUUUUCCUAUAUGAAAGUUGGUGUCUGGUUCUCCCUCCAAUGGGUAUUGACUGAAGUAUGUGCAUGAGAGAGGGUAAGGUUGACUUGAAGUAAGUCAUUUGUUUCUAACGUACCUGAUUAUUUACCUAUUUAUUUUGGCACUGGAGGUUGAAGCCAAGGUCUCCCAAAGGCUUGGCAAGUGCAUCCCUGUUGCUGUAAUUAAAAUAAAAAACUGUCUUUUAUCCUGCACUAGGUCCAGCACCGCAGUGCCCCAAGAUAUCUGGUAGAUAUCCUCAUCUCAGUCAGCAAAGCGUCUCACCCGCUGUGCUCCAUCCCCUAUCACACUGCCAAUGGCUUCUCUCUGAGCCUGGCAGCCAUCUCUCUACCCAUCCAGUUCCCAAGGCAGGCUGCCACCAUGCCAGACACACACAUCCCAAUUCCAUGGCGGCCCAGUGUCUGCAGCCACCACACUCUCUCUUGAACUUAAAUGGCCACAUGAAAGAACACACAACACAAUAACCUCUAAUCUAAUUGAUAAGAUAUAACUGCCCACCUAAACAUACAAGACCCUGUACGCAUCCAUCCCUCAAGAACAUUCAAAACAACCUGUAAAUGAGCAGAGAGGAAUCUUAACAUCAGCCUCCGUGUUCUCUGCUCUUCUCUUCCCCUCGCUCCAGUCUCCUCCUCCCUCUAAAACUUUUCUCCUGCCCAUCCUUCCUUCUCGUCCAAUGACAGGCCUUGUUCUAUCUUGAACCCGCCUUCACCUGCGUAAUGACAUCAUCCCAUAGAUCCCUAUAUCAGCAGUUCUGGAAUACUUCAGAGUUGAAAAUAGAGUCUCCUAUAAAAAGCCAGGAUCAAGGACGUGCACUGCCAUGCAUGGCCUUCCCCACCUUGUUAACUGGAGAUUGCUGAACGCUUUUUAGUUCUGUGGUGGGACUCACGUCUACUAUUGUAUCCUGCUGGAACACAGUGAUGUGUGAUGUUCUUGGCCUUGGCUUUGUGUUACAUGGCUUCAGUGUGCUGUCUUUGAUGACCUACGUCCCAGGCAAGGCCAUGUACGUUAAAACAUCCUUUGCAAUCUAACACUGUGCAAAUGUUAGUUAUGCUGUGAUUGUCCCCAGGGUGCGUCUUUCUGAGCUUAGCUAGAGGAAGCAGUCCUGGUGAAGCCGACUUAUUGUCUCUCUCC